AUGGCUCCAAGUAGACGCAGUAUUAGGACUUUUGUGAAAAAUCAAGAGAAGUCGAAAGGGAAGGAGAAAGCUGUAGAAUUAAGGGUAGAGAAUGAGGACGAAUUGUCGACGAUGUCAGAAAAGGACCUUUUAAGAUUUUUAGACUUAGGAAAUUUGCUUGAGAGUACUGUCAUUAGGAAUGCCGAACCUGACGAACCCCCAGAAUCGUGUCCCCAAAAAUGGGUAGUGCUUUACGAAUACCCUUUCAAAAUAGGUAUUAGGCUUCCUUUUACCCCCCUGGCAAGGGAUUUGAUGCAGAUUUACCAGAUCAGUCCUGGACAAAUCAUGCCCCAAGUCUGGAGGAUUCUUAGUGUCAUCGACAGGGUGACAGCGUCUUGGGAAGAGGCCUUCACCCUUCACGACCUACUGUUGCACUAUGAAAUUAGGGUUAAAGCAAAAAAUAGGAUAGCUCUACAUGCUAAGGCGAGGUUAGAACCUCUGGUCGGGGGAAUUCAGUCAAACGACAGGGGUUGGAAGAACAGGUUUGUUUUUGUGAAGAGGUCGUCGCUAGGGGAAGCCGGGGCGUCUCUGGUCGGUGGCUGGAAUACCGAAGGUCUUAAUCCAAAACUAUUGUCGCAUCGCGACGAGUCUCAGAGUCUCUGUGACAAGUUUCUGAAGGUGCCAGAGGACGACAGGCAGUUCAAAAGGGUUCUCUUUGCUUCUCAAGACAGUUGUUCAUCUAUGGCAUCUGGUUCAUCACAGUCGCGUCCUAGGGGGAGUUUGGACGGUCAAGCGCUAGCUGAGAUGCUGCGCAAACGUAAGGGGAAUCUUCUGCUGACGCGACAGUCCCUGUCGUUAGCUACAGCAAAGAAGGACACGCGGUCUCAUCCAUUUGGACGAUGA